UUUAUCAGGAAGUGAGUUUCUAAAAUCAUAACAUCCGAAGUAUUUAUUCAGAUACCCAAAAAGUAACGCUCUAAAUGCUUCCAUAUCUUUGGUCAAAGUAGAAAUAAUACUAUCAAGUUAAAGGGUCAGAGAAAUAAUUUCAUAACAGAAUGGUCAGUUGACAGUGGAGGAAGGCAGUAUGGUGAUUGUUGCAGCUCUGAUGGGCGUGGCAGUGCUCUGCUGCAGUGUGCUGCUCGUGUUUGGCUGUGUGUGCCACUUAUUUAAGCGUAGAGGAUUCACUAACUUUGAGGAUGAUGUUGAAGGUGGGAGGAAUGUGUCCAUGUACUCCAGUCAUGACAACCCAAACGAUGUGUCUGACAUCACAUUCGAACCUCUGCCAGACAUUCUUGCCAAGACAGUCAGCAAGCGGGCACUGAGACCCAGAAUCACUUGCACGAACCCAGAGAAACAAACUGUGGCUGCUAAUGCUGUCACUGUGUACAAGCCUUUCCCCAGAAACCAGCUACUCUACAUCAAAGAAAUUGGUCUUGGCUGGUUUGGCCAGGUGUUACAGGGCAGUGCGGAGGGCAUCAGCCCUGAUAUGAGGCAGAGCAAGGUCGUUGUGAAGAUUCUGAAGGACGAUGCAUCGGCCAAUGAGAAAUCACUGUUUCUGGAGGAGGUUGCACCUUAUAGGGACCUGGAUCAUCCCAACAUCCUACAACUGCUGGGCCAGUGUACAGAAACCAGUCCAUUCCUCACAGUUUUGGAGUUCCCUCCCUUGGGAGAUUUGAAAACUUACAUGUUCACCAACAAGACUGGGCCCUUUAUUCAGUUUGCCAUAGAUGCAGCCUGCGGACUGGCCUGCAUGCACAAACAUUCAUACGUUCACCAUGACUUUGCUGCCCGUAACUGUAUGGUGAUGGGCGACCUGCAGGUGAAGAUAGGAGACUAUAACAUAGGGGAGGAUCUCUUCAGGGAGGACUACUACGACACAGGGCGGGACCUGCUGCCGAUCCGAUGGAUGUCUCCUGAGAUUCUUGAGGUGAAACAUGGCAUUUGGCAGGCUCACAGCUUCACUGUACAGUCCAAUGUCUGGUCGCUGAGUAUCCUACUGUGGGAGAUCCUGUCUAUGGGACGUAAGCCAUACAGCUGGCUGCUGGAUGAGGAUGUGUUACUCAAGGUGGUGAAGGAGGGCUCUGUCAAGCUUCCGCCACCCAACACAGAUAUACCCCUGCAUGACAGAUGGUUUGAGGUGAUGGAAAUGUGUUGGCAAGAAGCAGAUGACCGGCCCUCAACUGAGGACAUCCUGGCCUUCCUGCAGCAAAUAGAGGAAGAAAUGACAGCACAGUCACAUGACACACAGCACUCUGCUCAAACCAAUCAGAACACUCCUGUGAAGACUCCUGUCCAAUCACCAUCAUUUGAUUCAAAGUUUGUCAUGUCAAAGAACAUAAACCAGUCAAAUCAGCAUUUAGCAGAAGUGCUGGUUCACAGGGCUGAUAAUAAAGAUGUACAUGGCUUUGAGGAUGAUUUCUCAAAAGAUGUUACCAUACGCAAGAACCAAAAUCCGGUCGGAUUUGAAGAUGACUUUGUCUCAGGUUCAAACUUAAAUGUCUCUGAGGCUGCCCAGAAUGACUCAAUUAUAGCUGGCAGUGGGUCACCUGGUGGCCAGAGUGCUGACAAGGACAUAUUUGCUGCUGAUCAUAAUCUGAACCUUCUUCAGCCUCCUGUACCAGUCAGAAUGAGUACACCUAGUAAACCAUUCACUCCUCUAGAGACAAAUGGACAUUCCAGUGCAUUUAAUACAGCUAAUUCUAAUUUACAGCAAAGUGAUUCAAACUUUAUUACUGCCAAUGAUGGUGCUCCUUCCUCAAAUAUUAGAGCUUCCAAUGACAAUUCUGUUCAAAGUAAUGAUGAGAAUGGGUCUGAACUUCAAGCCAAUUUCACUCAGUCAGUAAGUACAAGUAGUAAGGCCUCUAAAAAGUUGUUUGAAGAAAAGUCUGAGACACACAAUAGUGAUGAUGGAUAUAGAACUGGUGUGAAUGGUUCCACUCCUGAUAUUGUCCUCUCUCCAAAUAAUAAGGAACUUAAAGAUGUGGAAGAGAAGUUAAAUGACGACUCUGGCACAGAAAGUAUCCCUCAAGUUUCAAAACUGAGCCCUAAAGCUAUGGAUCUUGAAACUGAAAAAGCCAAAGAAAUCUACAUGUCUAAAGGACUAGGAUUACCAACCUCAAUCAUGCACAGGUCUCGGUCCUUAGGUACCAUUCCAGAGGAUGAAAUUCCAUCAGAUAACACAUCACAGACAGGUGUGUUUGAUGAUAAUGAAGACACCGAUGUAGGAAUGAAUUUUGAGUGGGAUGACUUUGAAGGUGAACAGUUGGUGGGAAGAGUGAGGUACAUGUCUGAAGACUCAUCUGGGAGUAUGAAAUCUCCUCGCCAUGUUGAAGUUGAAGAAUGGCCGUUUGAUCAAGACUCAGGCAGUGAUGCUAACUCCAAGCCUGGCAGUAUUGCCAGUGAUAGCGAUGCCGAGGUAACAAGGCUGUCUAUAGAUUCUAACACCAGUAUAGACACCAGGGCUAGAAUCGCUAGCAUUUUAUCUAACCGUUUAAAUUCUCUAAUCAAGCAAUCUAACAGUAACACACCACGCGUAACUACUGGGAAAAGCAUGUUUUAUUCUUUCGCUGAUGAUGAAUAUGAUUUAGAUUCGCCAGAGAAUGCUCUAAGUGAAACAGAACACUCUCUGGACAAGGCCCCCUUUAGCUAUGAGCCAGGUGUAUCACUGGGUAUGCCCACUGUACAGGAAGAAGUGGAGGAGCCCCAACUUCCUGUGGAGAGCACCAGGCAUGGGCAGGAUAACAACCUGAUACAUGAAGAUCUUGACUCAAUAGCAAAAUCCGUACUUGGGAAGAAAGUUGACGAUGUACCAGAUGUGGUAGUAAGUGAGCCAUAUGAUCUGAUGUUACCCGCAGCUGCCAGGGACAGCCUCGCCUGAAAGGGAACAUGGUGGUAGACAAGCUCGACUACAGUUGUUAUUUCUGCAGCCAGGGAAAGCCUCGCCUGAUGACCGCACACACUCAAUCAAUAUUUUUUCGUCAUAAUUUUGUUAUUUUCGUUUUGUUAUUAGUUUCUCAAUUUCAGAAAUUAAAAUAAUUUCCCAACUUAUGGAUUCUUUAUAUUGACCUUUUUACUUCUGUUGGUGUAUUGUUAGUUUUUUCUUUUUCUUUAUUUUUUAAAGUAUGGAAAAGUUAUAUAUUUUUCUUGUGACCAAUUUAGCUUGGAAAUUAAGUGUCUUCAAUGAAUAAAUCACUAUGUCUAAGGUUUAUUUAUAAUAUUUAAAAAAAUGAUCGUCUGAGGAAUAUUGUCUAAGCAACUAUUUGCUGGAAGAUGUCACACAACAAUUUCUAUGUAUAGAUUUUUGUUCAGUGUUUUCUGUAGAUAUUCAUUCAAACUGUCAUUUGUAUAAUUAUGUAGUCUACCUCUAUAAGUCUUUUUGAUUUUGCAAUGGAAGUAAAUCAUAUAUAAUUGCAUUUCAUAGGUUGUCUGAAUUAAGUGUGAAAACUAUUAUCUAUGCUGGUUAAAAUAUUAUUUAAUUAAUGUUCCUUUGGAAUUUGGUGCAAGAUUUAUAUGAGAUUUAUAACAUUUAAUGAAAUAAUGCUGAAGUGUAAUUAUGUUAAGGUAACCAAGCCACACAUAUGAAAACCUCAGAUUCCUGGUAAACCCUUAGUAUUUUGGUAUCAUUUAGAUGUGUUUUAUGUGAAGAAAAAGAAAAUGUAAAAAAUAAACUGAAUAUUAUAUGAUGAGCCAGCCCUUCUUGGCCAUGAAACAUAGCAAAUAGGUCCUUUUACAACCAAUGUCAAUAUAAAUAAAGAGCAAAAUUACACUUAUUAUACAAAAACAACUUAUUAUACUUAUGCUUCUGCAGUUUUGAUCUAUUAUUUUACAUAAAGGUACCGGGUAAUCAGCAAGAAAAUGAUAUUAAAAUUACAUGGGUUCACCUGGCAUCAGGAUUUAACAUUAUGGUAAUUAAAGCUUGUUUGGAACAAGCUGCUGAUUUGUGGGUCGUAUACCUUAAGCUCAUGUAUGUUGACAGAUUGUCUUUUCUGUUAUGUAAUGGGUUCCACAGUUUUGAACAAACUCUGGAUGUGUCUUUAAUGUUAUUAUGUGCACUGUUUAACUAGUAAAUAUUCUUUGGACCUUUUAUUAAAGGUAGAUCAUAAAGCAUAAUUAAGUCAUGAUAAAAGAGGUAAGAGGCACAUUAUUUUAGAUUUUGCCAGAUAUAUUUUGAAUUAAGAACCUAAAUGAAUUUUGUCUGAAGAAUAUUAUUGAGCAUACCAAUAUUCUAGUAUUUCAUGUUAUCUUGGAUAAGUAUUUUAGGCGGGAGUAACCUUGUUAUGUGGGCUGAAUAAUUUACAUGGAAUAUGUUGAAUAUGUACAGAUUUCCUUAUAAAAUGUCAAGAUUUACAAAGUCGUAACCAAGGGUUGAUAUGGUAUUUUCUGCAUAUGUGUAUUCUAGAUAUUCUAACUAAGUUGUAAUAUGCAACAAUAUUUCUGUAUAUCAUAAACAUUCCUUUAAGAGGUUCUUUGUUGCAAAUUGUGUGAUAUAGGUAUACAGGUAGUCUGCAUUUAGAGGUGUAAAAUAUCAGUGGAUGGCGGCCAUAUCAAAAACAAACGAAAUGACAGUAUAUUUUGUUAAAAAAACCUUCAUAGAAGAAUUUAUUCAGUAUAAAUGUUUGUAACCAGGUUGUUAAAAUGACUAUACAUAAUGUGAUGAUAUGUCCCCACAUGUACUCUGGUAGUUGUUAAUUCAUUGUAUUCUAGUCAUUGAUAGUGUAUUUUUACAAUCACUAGUGGAUAUACAGUGAGUGUAUGGGGAAUGUACAUUUUGUUGAAAAGUUCUUGGUGUUUGCCAUGUGAUUUACUGUAACAUUGCCAGUCCUGGACUUGCCAUGUGCAUCUACUGUAACAUUGCCAGUCCUGGACUUGCCAUGUGCAUUUACCGUAACAUUGCCAGUCCUGGACUUGCCAUGUGCAUUUACUGUAACAUUGCCAGUCCUGGACUUGCCAUGUGCAUUUACUUUAACAUUGCCAGUUCUGGACUUGCCACGUGCAUGUACUGUAACAUUGCCAGUCCUGGACUCGUUGAUGUUCAUACACAUGGCCACUGGUACCAAUAUAGUUUAUAGUGACCUUAACUUACAGUGCCAUUUGGUAGAUAAGUGCUUCAUCUGGCAUGGCAUUAUUUUCUUAUAAUUAUUUACUGUUGGGCAAUUUUCCCUAAUCUUGAUAUUAGAAUUGUAAUUAUUUUUUAAAUACCAAAUAGGGCUAUACUUGUUGAUGAAAUAGAAUUGUGAGUUAGGGUUUUAGCAAGACAGGGCAGUGGCUGCAGCACCAUUAGGGCUUAAGUAGAAAAGGACACACUGAAAUAGUAUCAUUGUGAUAGGAAAUGUUGGAAAUUGUGUUUAAUUUAAGUAAGUUUAGGUUUUAGCCAAAUAUAUAGUUUGUAUGUAUUUAUUACCUCACUUCUAUUCCAUUCAUAACUAAAGACUAAUCCAAGGAAUAUUAUAUGCAUUAAAUUCUUUGAAGGCAAAAGUGUGCACAUGUUAGUAUCGUGAGAGUAGAAACCAGAAAAGGGCUGGAGACAGUGCUCUUCUUAACCUGUCAAGCUAAAACUCUUCUCUUGAGUAAGUUCUCCAGUGGUUUAAAGAGUUUUAAAGAGAAAAUUAGAAAUUAUUGUUCAAUGUUUUGUUUCUGUUUCACAUAGCAAUAAUGUUACCUACUGAACACCAAAAGUGAAUAUUUCACUCAUGAAAUACAACAAUUUGUACUUACUGGAUGAAACUUGUUGAUCUCCUACAAUGAAAUGAAGGUUUCUCCUCCAUAUAUUUGUUUGCGAAAAAGGUUUUCUAAAAAGAUGUUUUUCAGUGAAAUAUCAUGUUAUUUUCUCUACUGUUAUUUUCACUUUUGAUCUUUUCAAUUUUAGAUUAUCAAAAAUAAGAUAAUUUUUUUAAUCUAUUUUGAUAUUUUAAAUGCUCUUAUAGAUUGGUUCCCAUAUUGCUUAUAAAAUGUACAUAGCAUUUACUAUGCCAUAUCGAACAUUUCCUAAAUGAUUUUGCUUUUUUCUUAAAUUCAAGCUUAAAAAACAUAAAUGUUGACUUUUGUUGAAAGAUAAAAAAUAAACUACACUCUUGAUCACCGAUGAUUCCUCUCUUUAAAAUAAAUCAUUUUUUUUAUCACUUGUUAGAAUAUCUUAUUAUCUUACACCAAAUUAAAAAAAAAUACUCUGUCCUCUUCAGGGAUAUUAAUUUAGUUGUAGAGUUUAAUAAUAGGAUGAAAAAAAUCUCUGCACUUGUAGGAAUGUAACUCUAUUUGAGAUCAACAUUUCUUGUUAUUUCCAGAUGUAUAAGACUCAUAACAUACAAUCAUACAAGAGCAGGUUGUACACCAUGUAUGGACCACUACACACAUAUUAAUUCAGCUAAUAUCAUUUGUGGUGUAUUUAUAUUGUAAAUAGCUUGUGUUGUGCAAUAUUUAUAACAUGUUAUCAAUAUUCUCAGAUUUAAAAAGGCUGGGUUUUUUGUAAUUCCAAAGCGAUGUCAUUUUUUGCAUCUUUAAAAAUAACUAAUGUUUAUCAUAUGAACUAUUUAAAUUAUAAUUCUGCAAAAUAAAUUUAUAAUGGAUUUAAAUGGAUUACUAUAAAUUCUUAUAUUUUUGUAUUACGGACUUUCAUGAGCCGUAUUUCUCCAGUGUUGUUGUAUUGCUGUAUGUAUACUCAUAUAAAACCAUACAAUAUCCAAAUGUUAUUGGCUGCUAACCGUCUGUAAUAUUUAGUUGAAAUUAUGUUUUCAUGUUGUUCAUUUAUGUGACCAUUGUACAAGCUAAUGUUACCUUAUUUAAAAUAUCAAUAUUUUGCCAAAGUUUAAUUAUGCUUAAUAAAGUAUUAUUUAUAACAAAA